AUGAUUGAAACUAAAUAGCAAAUACAAAAGACUGUUUAUAAAUAUUCAUACUUUCUAAAUGAUAUUUUAGGAGAAGGCUACUCUUCUUAAGUGUACAAAGGGAUUCAUAAUGAAACAAAAUAGGUGGUAGCUAUAAAAGUUAUAAACUUUUAAACCUUAGUUACUCCAAUUUCAUAAAGUUUGCUAAAAAAUGAGAUUAACAUAAUCAAGCAAUUAAAUCAUGAGAAUCUAAUGAAAGUAUAUGAAGUUUUCCAAACCAGAAAUAAUAUCUAUUUAAUAUGUGAAUUCUGUAGUGAUGGUGAUUUAGCAAAUAUUUUAAGUUCAACUAACUUAUCAAAAAAAGAAAUAAUUGACAUAUUUACUUAAAUAUCAAAAGGAGUAAAGGCUCUUCAUGAUUAAAGUAAGCCUAUUUUCAUUAAAUUUAGAGAUAAUUCAUAGAGAUAUAAAGCCUGCAAAUAUCCUAAGAUUGGAUGGAACAUAUAAGUUAUCAGAUUUUGGAUUUGCAAUUGUAGAAAAUGAUUUUGAGAGCAUAAUAAAAAAGUUUCAUGUAGGAACUCCAGUAUAUAUGGCACCAGAAACUGUUCAGUUAAAUUAAUAUUCUGAAAAAUCUGAUAUAUGGUCAUUAGGAGUUGUUCUUUAUCUUAUGAUAUUUAAGGAAUUGCCAUUUAAUUAAAGAAAAGUUGAAGACAUUAGAAUUAGAUAGCAAGAAGUUCAUGCAAAAAUUAAUAACGAUAAAAAUUUGCCUAAAUAAAUAAAAUUUAUCCUAAUCGGAAUGCUUGAGAUAGAACCAUUAAAGAGACUUUCAAUAGAUUCUGUAUUAUUGCAUUUACAAAAUCAAAAGAAAUUGAAAUGUAAUUCACAUCAAAAUAUUGUAUGUAAAAUUUUAAGAAGAUCAAGUGCUCAUUCUCCAUCAAAUUAUGGCGACUCAAAUAAAAUCUCAAAACCCUUGAAAACAUUACCAGAUGAACUAUAAGAGAUUAAUGAAUAAAUAGAACAUAAUUCAUGUAACAAAAAUCAAACUUAACGUAAUAACGAUUUACUUGAUAAAGAAAUAUACGAAUUAUAUAUUGGUUAUAGUUCUCAAAAAUAAAAGAGAGAAAAAAAAAAUAAUAAAGACAGCACUUCUAAGCGCAAAGUUUAAAUCUAAAUUCCUAUUGUCCAAUCUAAUUAUAAAUAAUAAUUAGAAAAAAACAUGUUGAUAUAAGAAAAUAGUGAUUCAUAAUAAAAUACAAAUUCUAAUAGUACAAAUGAAACUAUAAAAAACUCUUAGUUUUCAAAUUGUCAAUUAUAAAUAUAAUGUCCUCUUAUAAGUCCUUCACUUCCCUAGAGUGAAGAUUCGAUUAAUAAUAGAUAAGAUAAUAAACUUUAAUAAAAAUUUCAUUAAUCCUCCUCAUAAAAUUUAAUUGAUUCUCCAAGAAAACAACUCAAGAAUGUUUCCUCUUAUUCUAACUUGUUGGAUUAAAACAUUUAUUCUAAUAGGCCUUUGAACAGGAACAUUAAUUUAUCAAUAUAAAAAAUAAGAACAGCUACUUCUGUUAGUAAGUUUAAAGAUUAAGAAUAGUAAGUCAAAAUAAAAGAAUAAUUAGCAUCGUAUUAAGCUAAUGAGUCUUUAUCAGCUACAAUAUAACCUACAUAUAAGUUUUUGGUGUUUUUAAAUCAAUCUCUAAAAAACUUUGAUUAAAUUAAUACUGAAGAGAAAUAAAAAUGUUAUUUUUUACUUAGAAAAUUAUUGGCAUUAAAGGCAAAUGCUAUUAAAAGGUUUUGUCCUCUCAUUAUUUAAGAAACCUUAUCUCAAUGGAUUGAAAGCUUUCAGUAAUAUUAUGAAAAAGUAGUCCCUGUAUUUUAUACCAAUUAAGAUAGAAAAUUUAAUUAAUAUUUCAAUAAUGAUUUAGAAUAAUUUACAAAGGGAUUUUCGAAACAAUUAUAUUAGAAUCUACUAAAUGUGAAUUCAUAAUUACAUUCAAAAGAUCUUCAAGUAAUUUAAGAAGUAAUAAAUGAUAACCUAAAAUAAUUUAAUGAUCCUAUCUUAUUUGCGAGAAGAUGGGAAAAUGGUUAAUUGUGA